UUUCACCCUACAAAGUGUGAAAAGUAAUGAGUUUACCCAGUGGUGUUGAUAUGCAAAAUCUCAUGUCUCAACAUCCAGUUUUAGGUGCUUUGCCACCGGCAUUCUUUUUACGUGCCGCUUCCGAACGUUAUCAGCGAACUCCCAAAUGUGCCCGCUGUCGAAAUCAUGGAGUGGUCAGCGCUUUAAAGGGCCACAAACGUUAUUGCAGAUGGCGCGAUUGUCUAUGUGCUAAAUGCACUUUAAUGCUGAACGCCAAACGGGUCAUGGCAGCACAGGUUGCCCUACGUCGCCAACAAGCUCAAGAGGAAAACGAAGCCCGAGAAUUAGGAUUGUUAUAUACGAGCGUACCACCACGUGUGCCAUCACAAAAUACCAAUGAGAAUACAACCACGGCCACAACAUCACAACUAUCACCACAACAGACAUCGGCCAAUGGAGUAUUUCAUGCAGGCAUACCUUCGCCCCCCAGUGAUGGACUUGAUUCCACAAACAAUUCAACACAUCAUCAUACCCGUAUGCCCUUUAGCAAUGGCAAUUCAGGGGAUUCAGAUUCAGAAAUGCGCAUAAGAGCAGAAAGAUUAUCAAUGGGUUUCUCACCCGAUCGUACGGAAGUAGAAAGUCCUG